AUGGAUUAUCCCAUUAUGAUGGCAGACAGGACACGUGGUUCUGACAAUCCUCAAGGAGGCCAGGAAAAGAGCAAGAGAGAGAUCCUGAAGUCCACCAAGACGGCAUGGACCCCCCUGGAUCAACAGCUGCCUCCUGGCUUGGAAGAGGACAGCCAGGGUUGCACCAGUCCCACACUGGAUUCCAAACAAGAAAGUAUUCAGCAGUGGCUGGACUCUGGAUUCUUUGUCUCUAUAAAUGGAAACUUUCAGCAAGGCAUCCACCACACUGUUUCUUUGCAUGAACAAGGAAUAGUUCAGAUGACUGUGAAAGACUACAUGAGAUCUCUCCAUCAAUUUUCAGAAACUCCCACCCUAUCCAGAGGGACCAGUUUCAAUUCUUGCUAUUCUGCUGCAAGUAUACCACAAAGCAUUCCUGAAUGGCUGGAAUUUUGGGAAAAAGAUCCUGUGGAGAUUUUCUUGGACCUGGGGUUUGGUGCUGAUGAGCCGGACAUCUGCACACAAAUCCCAGCUAGAUUCCUUUGUUGUGGCUCUGCAGCCAAAGGAAUCAACAUCCAUGUGUUUCUUGAAGCUCAAAAGCAGCGGAUGGACAUUGAGAACCCUAACCUGUAUGGACGUUUUCGACAGCUGGAAAUCCUGGACCAUGUAACCAAUGCCUUCUCAUCUUUGCUGAAUGAUAUUAACAUCCUCCAGAACAAAGCUGAAGAGGAAAAUGGAAGAAAGAGUGUGGAAAAAGUCUCAGUGAGUGGGGCCAAAGAACAUCGAAGAAGAAUGGGUGAAAUCUUAAGAAGAGCUUCCAAAUAUAGCAUAAGAAGGGAUUAUAACCCAGAAGCAUUGGAGUCAUUGAAAAUGAAAGAUGAAUUUUUCAUCCCAACUGGAAAACCAGAGGAGUGUGGAACAGAGUUACUAGAGAUGGCAAACAACCACAACCAAAGUCAUUUGGCUCUUUUGACAGAGCCCUGGUCUCUCCAAGCCUGUGGUGACUUACUGCCUUGUCAUCCUCCACAAGCUCUUCUUCAAAAGUGGUUGCCUCUCUCAUCCAGGCUAGCCCAGAACACUCUAACUUCCAGUAUGCCUGACAGGCCAGUCAAGGACAGAACUCAAAAGGAGAACUUGAUUCAUACUAAAAAGUUCAAAACUUUAUCUUAUCUUGUAGGUGAAGUCCUGGACUCCUUUGAAAUGGAAGAGGUCCAGAGUUUUGAAGAAGACAUAGAUUAUUCUCUUGACAUGACUUCAGGAAUCACAGGUGGUGGGGUGAACAGAGCAAAUAGCUAUCAGUCUGACAGCAGUGGUUUCCUGGAGGAGCCACCAGAACAACUACCCCUCCAGAUGCCUUCCUUGCCAAACAGCAGGAGCCUUAGGGAUCAGAGUCACAGCUUAGCGUCAUCCCAGGACUGUCAGCAAGGGUCAGAUGAGUCUGAUUCCAAGAGCAUGGUGAGCACAUCUUUUUCAAGCCAAGAUUGGAGUGUCUUGGAAGAAAAGACCUCAGUAUCUGUGGGGGAGAAAGAGACUCAGCUUGAUACCAUAGAGGGCCCACCAGAGAUGCUGAUCCCAAAGAAGGUCCUGGACAGGACCACUACUGGGGAAGAGUACUCAAGACAAGCUGCUCACCUGUGGAAGCUCCUGCCAAUGUCCCAUUCUGAAUAUGAAGUUGUUGGAGGUGCAGCCACUUCCAAGUAUGAUUGCCCUCUAGGGCUUACAGUGUCCCACAUGAAAGAAGUGAAAUACAGGAUUUGGGAACAAGAGGAAAUUGGGGAAGUGUAUGUAGAAAGCCACCACUGUAAGUCCCCAAGUUCACGUGGAAAUACACAUGCUCAAGAUGAGUUUCUCCACGUUGACUCUGAGGCUCCAAGGGGAGAAGAAAGCAGUAAAUGCUGUUAUGACAUGAACAACACUGAAAUAACACUCGAAAGUCCACUACAGCUUUUCCCCAAGCACAGUGACAUCACAUCCUAUACAGACAUCCUUGUUCAAACAUGUGAAAAGUCUAUUCCCCACCUAGGUAAACUGGCUGGAGAUGCAUCCCAAGCAAAGUCAAGGUGUAAUUCUUUGGGCCAAAUAUCAUCUAUGGCAGAAACUGAGAUGGGAGACAUUUCUCCAAAUGCUGACUCAAACACUGGCAGCUCCAGGUCUGUGACAAUCCAUAUGUCCUCCAAUCUGGUGUCAGCUGCUCAGAGUACUGUGGCCUUGGGGACAGAUUCCAGUGAAACAUCUUUGGAAUGCACUGUGUGUGACCUUGUUACCACAACAGAACCAGGGCUGGGAACAGAAGUGAGACAAUCCAGAGAUGUUUCUGUUCAGACUUAUAUUUGUGAAUCCAGGGUGUGGCCCUGUUAUUUAGCCUUAAAUAACAAGGCCUUGGCUACUGGACAGCAGCCCCUCACCAAAUCUGUCUCUCUAGACACAGGCUUCCCUGGCACCUAUUCAGUGGCCACCUGCCAUGGCUCACCAGUUCACUGCUGCAGCUGCUGUCACCACCACCCCCAAUGCCACACAGUGGGGCCAGGCCCUGGUCCUGCACCCACAACCUGUAGACACCUCCUGUGCUCAGAAAGCCAUAAUCCAGAAGCCGACUUCAUGAAGGCUUUGAAAAUCCUCCAGGACACUACAAUGAGAGAGCUAUGUUCCUGCACAGUCCAUGAGAUGGAAACCAUGAAGACAGUAUGCCAGAGUUUCCGGGAGCAUUUAGAGGAAAUUGAACAGCACCUUAUGGGGCAGCAGGCACUCUUUUCCAGGCACAUGGCAGAGGAGGAAAGGGAGGAGGCCAGACAACUGCAGACACUACGGGAAGCCCUGCGGCAGCAGGUGGAGGAGCUGGAGUUUCAGUUGGGUGACCGUGCUAGGCAAAUCCGAGAGGGGAUUCUGUUGCAGCUUGAGCUGCUCACAGGAGAACCGUCUGAACUCUAUACAACUCUACAUCAAUAUAACUGGACAGGAGAGAUAAAGCGUCAGAUGUCAAUCCACCCAGCCAUGGCACCCAGGACUGCCUUUCCUACCAAUGAUGGGCAGCUGGCUCCCAGCUCAGGUGUGGGCCAUGUUGCUGCCUUCACUCCACCUGCCCUAGAGAGAAGGACCAGAUCAUCUCCAUCACCAGCACUGGCAGAGUCGGGUCUGACCUUGUUGUCAAAUUGUUCUGUUGAUGAGAAGAAUACUACAGUCUUCCUCUAA